GUGUGCGCGCCCAUGACAGGCAGACCGGUGCUGUUAGCUCCUCCUCCACGAUGUUACCGUGAGCCCACUUUCAGGAUGCCGCCGUUUUUUUCUCUAGUUGACAUUGGCUAACAUCGGCGUGUGACGAGGGCGGGACAGGGGCUGUCACUUUUUGCUCGUGCUACCUCAGUGUCGCCGCUGCCGUGGUCACCAUGCCUCCUGUCCAGGACUCGGCUCAGCCUAAUGCAGACGCUGACAUGACGUGCGAUGAAGCUGAUGGUUUGGAUUCUGCCAUGGGAUGCCGGGAGUUCUCCGAUCCUCCCCUGUCUACGUACUUCGAGGAGAAGGUGCCCAUUCCAGAAGAUUCCAAGGAUGGCUUCAGCUUUCGGAAGCUUUGGGCAUUUACGGGGCCUGGAUUUCUCAUGAGCAUCGCUUACCUGGAUCCAGGAAACAUCGAGUCAGACCUGCAGUCUGGUGCCAAGGCUGGCUUCAAGCUCCUGUGGGUUUUGCUGUUCGCUACUGUGAUUGGUCUCUUGCUGCAGAGACUGGCUGCUAGGCUAGGUGUGGUGACCGGUAUGCAUUUAGCAGAAGUGUGUCACCGCCAGUACCCCAAGGUUCCUCGCAUUAUCUUGUGGCUUAUGGUUGAGACGGCUAUUAUUGGCUCAGACAUGCAGGAGGUCAUCGGCUGUGCUAUCGCCUUCAACCUGCUUUCCUCAGGCAGGAUUCCUCUGUGGGGUGGAGUUCUCAUCACCAUUAUUGAUACGUUUAUGUUUCUUUUCCUGGACAAGUAUGGCUUGAGGAAGUUGGAAGCCUUCUUUGGCCUUCUCAUAACCGUUAUGGCAUUCACAUUUGGGUACGAGUAUGUGAUUGCCAAGCCUGACCAGGGCCAGCUGCUGAAGGGCAUGUUCCUUCCUUACUGUCAGGGCUGUGGAGCCCCUCAGCUAGAGCAGGCUGUGGGCAUCGUAGGAGCCGUCAUCAUGCCUCACAACAUAUACCUGCACUCUGCUCUAGUCAAGUCUCGGGAAGUAAAUCGAUCCAACAAGAAGGAAGUGAAGGAAGCAAACAAGUACUUCUUCAUUGAGUCCUGCAUUGCGCUGUUUGUCUCCUUCCUCAUCAAUGUCUUUGUUGUGGCUGUCUUUGCCCAGGCCUUUUUCAAUAAGAAAAACAGUGAUGUGCAUGCAAUCUGUGCCAACAGCACUGGCCCCCACAGCCCUCACUCUGCCCUUUUUCCAGAUGAUAACAACACACUGGAGGUUGACAUCUACAAAGGGGGUGUGGUUCUUGGCUGCUUUUUUGGACCUGCUGCUCUCUACAUAUGGGCCUUGGGAAUACUAGCAGCUGGACAGAGCUCAACAAUGACGGGCACCUACUCUGGCCAGUUUGUCAUGGAAGGCUUCCUGAAUCUAAACUGGUCUCGUUUUGCAAGAGUCCUUCUUACUCGGUCCAUUGCCAUCACACCAACCUUGCUGGUUGCCAUCUUCCAGGAUGUUGAACACCUGACUGGCAUGAAUGACUUUCUCAAUGUGCUGCAGAGCAUGCAGCUGCCGUUUGCGUUGAUCCCAAUUCUCACUUUCACCAGUCUUGGGUCCAUUAUGGAUGACUUUGCCAACUCGCUGGCCUGGAAGAUUGGAGGUGGAAUGGUCAUCCUGGUAGUGUGUGCGAUCAACAUGUACUUUGUUGUAGUGUACGUGACCAGUCUGGCUAAUGUUACGCUCUACGUGGUAGCUGCCCUCCUCUCUGUGGCAUACCUGCUGUUUGUUGGCUAUCUGGUGUGGCUGUGCCUGGUUGCAUUGGGGGUCUCCUGCCUGGACAUGGGGCACAGGCACCCGUUGUGCCUCACUGGCCACUCCGACCUCCUCCUCCUCAACGAUUUAGAGCCCAGCCCUGUUCUGGACAGAUAGUGACCCUUGGUGCUCUCCUUCUGGAUGUGUUUCUGUUGCUCACUGGGGGGCACAGUCUCAGGUGUAGACCCCCUUGUCCUGGCCAGUUGAUAUGGUGGUGGCACACUUCUCUCUCUCUCUCUCUCUGGUUUUCUUGUCCCCUUGCCAUGCCCAUUUUCCUCUUUCCCAUUACUGAUCUCAGUUGGUUGACCAUUGCUCGUUCCAUAAAUGUGCCAGCCAGUUUCUCUCAAGGGUCACACGUGGUCCAAAUUAGUGGCUACAGUAGGCAUUUGACUUGGCCCAGGCAGUCCUUGGGACAAACGCUGCCUGGCUCAAGUGCCCAUGAAGAGGAGUUGGUCACACAGUGCUGACGGUGUGGCCUGGACAACCUCGUUACCUGGAACAGUCCAUCCUACGAGGUACGUCACUGGUCAGGGAUGGCAGCCACCAAGGACUAGUCUGACAUUGCAGACACGCCCUGCUCCAGCAGUGUGGCGAUGGCCGACGUGAGAGGAGGGCCUGGACAUUGUGCUGGGAGUGCAGGUUUCUUACAAGGUUGAUUAUUUUCUAUGGAACGCCCUACCCGUGCCUGACGCUGAUCCCUGUCCACCUAAAAUUAAAAGGAAAUCCUCGUGUA